AAAUCAGUUGGGAAGCAAAAGAAGAAAAGGAUCCAUCCGGCUUGGCUCCAUGACGCAAGAGCCCAACUUUGUUUUCCGACUUUCUGCUUCUUUGGCCAAACUUUACUUUUUCUCCUGUUUGUCCCUCCAACUGCUGCGUCACUCAUUUUUGUUCUUCUUCUUCUCUACUUCUUACUUCUUCUUCAUCUCCGGCCUGCAUCCGAGCUGCAUCCUUAAUUCCCUCUCCUGCAUUCUCCCUCCCCUCCUUGCUCGUCUCCCCUCGCUAAUCUCGCCGCCCUCCUUUCCUUUCCCUUUCUCCGCCUCUCGUUCUCCUCCCCGUUGCUUUGCUGCCUUUUCCUUCGUGCCCAUCAAUAAACAAUUUUCGAUCUUCGCAUACCAACGCCCGUUCGUUGAUAUUCUCUUUCCAUUCAUCUCGCAUCUACGACGUUUACGAUCUACAAUAAUCUACAAUUCAUUGCAACUUUCUCUCCCUCCGGCCUCGGGCACCGCCUGAGCCAUGUUCCGCAGAAAGAGGAGCUCCUCUCAGCAUCAGGUGAGUCUCCUAUUCCGCCAGUCUUCAUCAUCCCCAUUGACACGCCCAGCAUCCCCUCUCUGCCUCCUCCUCGCAAUCCGCCCAAUCC